AGGGAUAAACGUGACGUGUCGACGAGAGAGAAGGAAAGAAAAAGAGAAGGGGAGAAAAGAGAGAAUAUCCUCUCUUCUUGUCAAUUCUCGCGAGUUUUCUGCCAACAUCCUCGCUUGGCCACGGACCCUCGCGACCUUCAAAUUUGUUUUAUUUGGCUCGAAAAUUAAAUCUAUAACGAUUUUCCGGAUCUUCCCCUUUGCUUUAAGAAAUUGUCUGUCUGCGAUUGGAAAUGCACCGUGUGUGUCAGUGCGUUUCGCGAUCGGAUGUCAAAAUUGUGUACCAGAUGAGAAUAUUGUAUUGAUUUUACGCUCGUCACGUGGUGAUAAAUCUCGUAGGGUGCGAGAAAGUGAAAGAUAUUCAAGAUUUACGAAUCUUGAAAUCGUAAGCAUCUUCGUAUAAUCACGAGAAACACUCGUAAACCUACCUUUAAAAAAAGUACAUUAUAUGUAUGUAUAUAUAUAUAUAUAUAUAUAUAGAUAUAUAUCGAAAUGUCUACGCGUUAUAUGAAAAAAGUUUAUGGUGACGACGUAAUUCUCGCAAAAGGCGACGAUGAUGCGAGUGACACAGAAGUCUCGGUGAGGAGCAACGCCAAGUCCAAAUCUUUUAACGUUUUUGAUGUGUUGAAUCAGAACUCUGAUAAGGAUGAGGAUACCAGUGACAAACAAGAAGAUGAGGAUUUGACUACAAACAAUGUAGACUGCAAUGACACGAAGCGUAAGAAAAAGAAAAAGCAUAAGAGGUCAGAGAAUGAAAAGGUAAAAGGUCAGCAAGAACACGAAACAGAAUAUAAUAAAAAUGUGGAUGAGAUUGAACAAAGCUUAAGGGAAGUGAACAAAUUGCUUGGUGAACCACUGCCAGGUUGCAGUAAUCAAAUUUCAGAGGCACAAUGGGUUGAUAGGAUAACUAAAGAAAAUAUAUUGACUGUACAGCGAAAACAUUUGAAUCCGUAUAACGAAUUGAAAAGGAUCUUUGGUAGUAAAACUAUAGAAGCUGGACAGAGCAAGAAAAAUAAAGGUCGUCCUGGAAAUUUGAAGAAGACAUGGCUGAUUUGUCCACAAGAUACUACUUGGGUACCAACUAAUAAAUCUGGACUGUCGAUGUCUCUAGAUGACUCUAUAAAAACUACAGGGAAUGUACAAUAUUUUGUAUAUGAACAUAGCGCUUCGUACAAGGAGAUUCAACAUAAAUUCUUGCAAGCUGUUGAAAGUUUGAAUCCAGAAAAUAUAAUUAAUAUAGUAAAUGCUCAUUCGUUCCAUAUAGACUCGCUCCUGCAAGUAUCCGAAAUGUGUAAGAUAAAUGACGAUUUAGCGUAUGCAGCGGAGUUCAUCAAACGGGCCCUGUAUUGCUUAGAAUGUGCGUUUCAUCCAUUCUUCAAUAUAACAACGGCGCAGUGUAGAUUAGACUACAGAAAACAACAGAAUCGUGCAUUUUUUAUAACGCUUUUUAAACAUCUUGGAUUUAUAGGCGGACGAGCUUGUUACAGAACGAGUUUGGAAUUUUGCAAAUUACUUCUAUCAUUGGAUCCUGAAAAUGAUCCACUAGCUGUAGUCUUAUCCAUUGAUUUUUAUGCCUUAAAAGCCAAAGAAUAUGAAUGGUUUAUAAAGUUUUGUAAUCUAUGGGAAGACUCUAGAAAUCUAACCCAAUUACCAAAUAUAGCAUAUAGUUUAUCCUUGGCUCACUUUCGCCUGGGAAACAAAACUAAUGCAGAUAUGUUACUGCAAAACGCUCUUAUCAUGUUUCCAAGUGUAUUGAUGCUUCUGAUUGAUAAAUGUAGCAUACAAACAGAUGCAAAGGUAAUACAUCAUGAUUUUUUCAACUCUAAAGCACAAGGUAGCACAUCACCAGCUUUAGAGAAACUGCAAAAAUUAUAUGUAAUGCGUAGUUUUCAUCUCUGGAAGGAGGCAGAUAUUUUACCAUGGCUAGAAGAAAACGUUCAUGCUGUAUUAAAUCGAGUCGAGUCUGAUAAAGAUGAAUAUGUCAAGUUCUGUCAAGUAAAGCGUAGCAAACGCUAUCGGGGAAAGCUGCCAAGAAAUAUUUUGAGACAUAUUAUACUAUCAGACCUUCCAGAAGUUAUAGUCAAUGUCCAGGAGAUUCAGGGUGAAGAUCCAAUGUUAUCACACGAUCCAUUACCGCCAAUAGACAGCAUCGAUAUUUAUAAAAGGCCUACAGCAAAUGAAAGACCCGUUGAAAGUAGUUCAAAUUUCUUCUCUCUCUUUUUCUCAUCUCUUUUUACGGAUAUCAAUGGCACAACUGCUGCUUUAAAUGAUUUGAAUUUAUUUGAGGACAAUGAUGACCAUGCAUAACAACUUUUUCUGUAUGAAAUCGUAUAAUACCAAAAGAAAAAAUUUACACAAA